AUGUCUCUAUUCACAUUCUACGAUCCCUUUACUGAAUUCGACAAGUUAUUCGACGAUGCUUUCAAUGCUCGUCUCCGUCCCUCUUCUGGCACCCAGGGCAUCGUUACCUUGCCUCAUCGUCGUGAACAGGUGCUUCCCAGAAUGGACGUGCACGAAAACCCUGAGACCAAGACAGUGACUGCAACAUUCGAACUUCCUGGUAUGAAACAAGAGGAUGUCAAUGUCGAAGUCCACGGGAACCGCCUAACAAUAUCCGGGGAGUCCAAACGCUCGGAGGAUUAUGACAAGGGAGGUUGCGCAGUGCAAGAGCGCUCGUAUGGCAAGUUCUCUAGGACCCUUGUGAUUCCUCAGGGACUCAAGCCUGAGGAUGUUCACGCAAAGAUGGAUCAUGGGCUACUUACCGUGUGCUUCCCGAAAGCUGGUCCAGACCAGCAACCCCAGCGGAUUACGGUCGCGUGA